AUGAGCGCAUCCGUCGCGAUCCGUCAGGGCGCGCCCGACGACAGCGACGGCAUCGAGGCGCUCUAUCCCGAUGCCUUUCCGGACGAGGAUCUGCUGCCGGUGGUUCGCAAGCUGCUGGACAUGCCGUCCGGCGUCCUGUCGCUGGUGGCGGUGGAGGACGGCGUGCUCGUCGGACAUGUCAUCUUCACCGAUUGCGGCCUCAGCGAUGCCGAUGCGCGCCUUGCGCUCCUCGGUCCGCUCGGCGUCGCAUCCGCACGGCAGGGGCAGGGGAUCGGCAGCGCGCUCGUCCGCGAUGGCCGCGAAAGGCUGAGACAGGCCGGCAUCACCCAUGUCUUCGUCCUGGGCGAUCCCGCCUAUUACGCCCGCUUCGGCUUUGCCCCCGAGACCGGCGUCGCAACGCCGUUCGAACUGCCUGUCUCAUGGCGGGACGCAUGGCAGUCGCUCGCCCUUGCCGCCGCCGCCAGGCCGCCGCGCGGCACGCUUUCGGUGCCCGAGCCCUGGAGCGACCCCGCCCUUUGGGCACCCUGA